AUGAUUAUUAAGUUUUUAAAUGAGUAUGCAGAAUAUUUAGAAAAAUUAGAGGAUACCAAGGUAGAAAAAUGUGUUUAUCUUUAUUGGAAUAUGAAAAUUCUUAAACAACUAAAUGAACAAGAAAAAGAAGCCGAAUCAAAAAAUAAUAACUUAACUAUUCAAAAUAUGGAAUCAAGUAUUAAUUCAACUACUUCAAAUACAGACUUAAAUACAACUAUGGCAACUAUUAAUAGUAAUGAUGAUGAUUUAUUUGAAGAAAAUGAAUCAGCUUUCUUAUUUUUUGAUGAUGAAUUAGAAAACAGUGAAGUUAUGAAUAACGAUGAAUUAGAAUUUGAUGAAAUAUAA